AUGCUGGAGAGAAUAUGUUUGUCAGCUGACCUGGGAACGCCUUGGAGUCCUCCCAGAGGUGCUGGAGGAAGUUGCUGGGGAGGGGAAGGCUUCAUCAGAGCUCAAGUUUCCUUUCCUCCCAAUGUGACCGCCAUAUCCACAGGGAGAGUGGUCACCUCUAACGGCCUCAAUGUUCAUCGCCUGAGCUGUGUGGGUGGAAGGAUCAUUGUGAGGUCAGCUGUGUACAGAUGUGGAGGUGAAGUAAUCUGCUCUCAGGGUGACGCUGAGAACAACGUCAGGAACAGCUGUGAUGGAAAAACAGUGUGUGACAUAAAGUCAAACAUUACUUAUGAUCCUGGAGUCUGCAAAUACCUGGAGACCACCUACGACUGCUUCCCACACUACAGUGUAACAUGUGAAAAAUCUCAGGCAAACCUUCAGUGUGGUGAAGGACAGGUUAUAGUCGUCUCCUGGGCUAACUUUGGUCGCCGUGAUACGACCACGUGCCCUGAUGGAGAUCCUGAUCACGUCAAAAAUGUUAACUGCUUGAGUCCCAAUAGUGGAGAAUAUGUAACUAACAGGUGUAACUGGCAGAACAGCUGUACUGUUGGAGCAUCAAACACAGUGUUUGGAGACCCCUGUGGUGGCACCUGUAAAUACCUGGAGGUGUUUUACACUUGUCAGGCUCACCCAAUGGUGGUCCUCAGGCUGGCGAGAAUCUGGCACAGAGAGGAAGAACAGGUGUCCGAGCCAGGGGCUGGAGUCGUCAUGACUCCGCCCCGGUAG